AUGCAGAGCAUAGACAAAGUCUACGAUGAUGCCGUCGCGUCAGGUUUGCUGCCAGGUUAUUCCCUGGUAGCGGAAGAUAGAGAAGGCAAAUCUUCGGGCAGAGCUUCUUUGAGAGGAAAUGACGAAAGCCCCUUUACGUCUUCGACAGUCUGCGCGAUUGCCUCAAUGAGCAAGCUCAUCACCUCGAUAGCCGUCAUGCAGGCCGUAGAGGACGGCAUCCUGGAUCUCGACGCAGACGCGCGGCCGCUUCUCCCGCGUAUGGGAGAACAUGGUGUCAUUACUGGUUUUGCGGACGACAGCAACUCGGCGCAACUGGCGCCCAACGCUGAUCCCAUUUCUCUCCGCAUGCUUCUCACGCAUACCUCGGGCCACGAGUACGACUGGAUGAGCCCGUUGCUGGGCAAGUGGCGGGCCUCGCGCAACGAGGAGCCAUGGACUGGUCCGACCGUUGAGCACAAGUCGGUCUUGCCCCUUGUGUUUGCGCCCGGGACGUCUUUUGCUUAUGGCGCGGGUCACGACUGGGCGGGCAAGCUCGUCGAGAUCGCCGCCAAGACUACUCUCCAGGAGUUCAUGCACAAACGGAUCUGGGAGCCACUCGGAAUCCAGGACGAGAUCAGCUUCUAUCCUCAAAAUAACGAAAAGAUGAAGGACAGAAUGGCCACCAUCAGUACCCUCAAUGAGAAGGGCGAGCCGCCAGCCGUCGAUGCUGCCACCUUUGACAUCCUCUUUGGUGGUACGGAUUGUCUCGGCGGCGCCGGUCUCUUUGCCUCUCAGAAAGGUUACCAAACCUUGCUAAGUGCGGUCCUCCGGCGCGACUCUAGACUCUUGAAGCCAGACUCUUGGACGGAACUCUUCCGUCCGCAGCUGGACGAGAAACUCGAGCAGGCGCUAAACGACUACAUUGCGCUCGAUCCCGUUCACACCAUGCUGCUCGGCCUCGGAAUGCCGGCCUCGGUCAGAAGAAACUGGAGUUUCGCCGGUAUCGUGGCCAAGCAGGCACAAGAGGGUCGAUUUUCUUCGGGAACAACUAUGUGGGCUGGUGUUCCGAGUACGGUCUGGUUUAUUGACCACGAGGCCGGAGUUUGCGGCGUUGCCAUGUGUCAAAUCAUGCCUCCUCUACACCCUUCGAUCAUGGCUCUGCACGAGAAAUUUCAAAGUGGUGUAUUUGAAAAGGUCAAUGGUCACGCGAUAUAA